AGUGCAAGUUAGAGGCGAUAUCGUGAUGAUUUUCCGUGGACUGACGUGUUGCUCCUGACAUUGCACCACAUGACCUCAAUUGCUGUGCAGUGGUGAUACAUCAAGACGUUUCUGCAACUGUUCAACAACAACCGCAGCUCAUUUCUUCUGUGAAAAGAUUGUAGAAUGAAUGCAAAUCAAAAUGGCCUUGAUGGGCCCAUGACACCUGAGCUUCACCUGAAAAUGAGCAAGAAAAUUGCCCAAUUAACCAAAGUCGUGUAUGCCCUCAACACUAAAAACGAUGAACAUGACGCUCACAUUUCUUGCCUUCAAGAAGCUCACGAACUCGAAUUGAAAAAGGUAUUAGCGAGUGCAGAGGAGCAAAUCGUUAAGUUGCAAACUGUUGUAGCAAACCAGAGGAACGACAAGGAGGCCAUCUUAGAUUUAAGGAACAGAAUAUUCGAAUACGACCAGACCAACCAGGAUGCUGUGAAUGAAUUUAAAAAGUUCAAAGUACACACACAAGAUCGCGAGGACACGUUAAAGAAAGCAUAUGAAGAACAAAUGAGAACUCUGAAAUACGAGCUGGAAAACAUGAAGUCUGAGUUUCAGUCUAAGACUGCCGAGUUCGCUGAGAGAUCCAACCAACACGACGCUUCAAGCAUCAUGCUGAAAUCCUUGAAAGAGAAGCAUGAAAACGAACUUGAACUUCUCAAAGAGGUGGCUGAACAGCAGCAGGCGGCUCAUGAGAAGAAAAUGGACGAUCUCAUGAAGAAUUACGAUAAAGAAAUCAGUGCAUUGAAACAGAAACACCGCGAGGAGCUGGCGUCGCAGGUCAGCACUGAGAAGUCGUCUCUCAGUACCCUAUACAAAACUCAGAUAGCUCAGCUUGAAGAGGAGGUGUCCACAUUGAAGCAGCUGAUGGAACAAGGAGAAUACCAAAGCAAUAACAGGAUCUCAAUACUGACCAAGGAGGUUGAGGCUGCGGAGGCCAGAAAGGCCAAUCAUGCUGCUGAAAAAGAGGCCCUUGGAAAGGAGAAUGAGCGACUGAAGAGUGAGGUUGAUGAGCUUGAGGGCAAGUUCAUGGAAACGAGACGAGAUCUUGAUAAUGCUCUACAGGAACUUGCCAAUGUAAAGAAUGAUUUAUCAGCGCAGGAAACAGCUGCUAGAAGAUUUGCUGACGAGAGCAAUAAAAAAGCUGGUAAAAUAGGAGAGUUGGACGAAUUAUCACAGCUCCACUCGGUGGAGAAUGAGAAACUAAAGUUUGAGUUAAAGAAACUUAACGACAAGUUGCUGGAGAAAGAGGAUGAAUUUGGCCGUCUCAAGGAGAAACAUGCCAAAACUAUUGGUAUUUGGGAGGAUAAAUCAAACCAGUUAAAGAAGGAUAUAAAUGUGAAGGAUGAGGAAAUAUCUCGUUUGAAAGCAGAAUAUAAGCUUUCUAUGGAGGAGCACUUAGCCUCCUCAUCUGAAAGGGAGGUUGAGCUUCAGAAGCAGAAGUUGGAGGAAAUAAGGCUGGUGAAAGAAUCAAGUGAGAAAGAACUAGAAGAAGUGUUGGAAGUGUCACGUGCUAAUAGUCAAGCUAUUCGUGACGCGCUCGAGGCUGAGGCUGCUAAUGAGAAACAAGCUCUCAUUGAAGGGUAUGAAGUGCAACUAGCAGAGCUGCGUAAAGAGCGAGAUGAGAUGUUAACACAGUUACAUGAGCUCUCAGAUGAAGUAGUGCGACUAAAAUCAGUAAUGGGUAACAGCGAAUCUGCACUAGGUGAAACAGAGAAGGAACGUCAACAACUCUUGCACAGUUUGAACGAGAAGCAACAACAUCUGGAACUUCUUCACAACGAAUUAAAAGAUAAAUUAUCCGUCUUACAAUCACUCAGGGAAGAGUUUGACAAGGAAGUAGCGAACCAUGCUGUGACAAAGAAACAGAGAGAACAGUAUGCAGAUGACAAAGUUGCUGCUAAAGCUAAGGAGCUUGAUGGCUACUGGUCCAAGAAACUAAGGGAAGAUCUUGAAGCUCUUGAGCAUGAGCUACUUCGAAGACAGUCACAAAGCAGAAGUUCUGAAAUAAAAAGAAUGAAAGACACCCAUUUACAAGAAUUUCUUGAUGCCGAGGCUGCUUGGAAAGAAAAAACUGAAGCCCUUCAAGCCAAGGUCAAGGAACUUGAGAAACAGCUCAGUGUUUUAAACGUAGAAGCACUGAAAAAGGAGAUGAGCCUAAACGAGCAGAGUAAGAGUGAAUAUCUGGAGUUAAACGCGAAAAUUAAACAGCUAAAGAUUGAUCAUGCUCAGAAUAUCAAAGAAAUUGAAGAGGAGCACAAGGACGCAAUGAAGCGACUCGACGAAUCUUUAACACGAGAUUUUAAGAAUCAAGAAGACAAGUUGGUCUUAGCUCAUAGGCAGAAUAUCCAUGAGAUGACUAAAGCGAAUAAACUAUCGGUUGAUGUUUUAAAAGAUCAGUUUGAGCAGAAACGUACUCUGGACAUUAAUACGCUCAAGAUGACAGCCCGAAAAGAACUAGAGAACCAACUGACAAAGUGCAAAAAGGAGUGUGCUGAAAAGACGGAACUAAGGAUACACGAACUGAGCCUGGGCUACGAGGAACAAAAGGAGGAGUUACAACGGGAGCUUGAGAUGAGGGACAGGGAGAUGAAACAAUUCAACAUAAAACUGGAGCAAGUACAGAACCAGCUCACUGAUAAACAGUUAGAGCUGAGUCAGUAUAAGGACGAUGUGGAGGAAUUGCAGAAUAAUCUUGCUGAUCUCCAGAAGGAGUUUGAGGAGAAGUGCAAGGAAGUUAUGCAGAUAAAACAAGAGGCAGUUAUUCAGAUAAAGAAGCGUGAAAAGAAGUUGAACGCUAUUCAUUUGAGUGAAAUAAAAGGUGUACAGCAAAAAUUUACGAGAGACGUCGAUGAACUUACCUUCAAGCACCAAAAUGAUGUAGAAGACUUGCGGCUGCAAAUGAGCGAACUGAACCACCAGCUGAGUCUGGCAUACGAGCAGUAUAGUAACCGGCCAUCCCGCCCAGAGGACCUCAACAAGAUCCUGGAGUUGGAGAACACCAUUGCGGAGGCAGAUGAGAGGAUCAGACAUCUCAUUGACGAGAAGAAGUUCUUUGAGCUAGAACUGGUGAACAGAGAGUCUAACUACAACAGGGUGUUUAACACAGCCGGCCCUAAGAUAGGGCUCAUCAAUCCUAUGAACGUUAAAACCAGGGCAUUGCAAAGUAACAGACUCUCCCUAAGAUCACCAAGAAGAGCCGUUCUGACACAGCCAUGAGGAACCCAUCAUCAAUGACGCAUCAAUCUACUAAAUCCCCGAACGUCGCCACAGCCUUCAGCAGUCCCAUCCUCCCCAACGCCCCCAACACCAAUAACCGCUCCAAACCCCAACUCAUCCCAAUCUCGUCCCGGACAUCGUCCAUCGAGUCCCUCGUCACUCAGACUAUAACAACGAGUAGUGGGGGUCGUCCUGUUGUCGGCACCACACGUAGAGUCGUUAAAAACGCAUUCGUGGACAAAAAAUCAGACGCAGUUGUACCGCCUACUUAACGUUGGGGAGUGCUGGUACUUUUAUGAUAUCGUUUUAUAAGGCAGAAUGUUUGUUGAUGAUCAGGUUGAUUUGCUGGAGAUCAAAUCUCUGAAAUGUUAAGGGAAAUUCCAACUGUUGGGAGAUAGACAGUGAUGCCCAUUCCACACUGCAUUUUUAUGUACAUAGCCACUUUGUAAGAUGAUGUACAGUGUAUAGUGUUAGUUCAAUUAACAUAGAUUGUAUCUAAAUAUGAUUGUUUUUAUUCGUUCAGAGUGUAUAUAACGUUACAGAGGUUUUAAGUUAAUAUUUAAAUUUGUUCAGUCAGAAAUUCUUGCCAAUAACUACGACUUGAAUGGCAAGGAUGCGAUGAUCAAGAUGUUUUUUGGAUGGGGUUACAACUCAGAUGAUUUGUCAGCCUUUUGUUAUUUCUCAAAGAUCGAGACAUAAUUGAAAAUUCCAGGGUUUUUGUUCCUUGUACAGAAAGUAUAAAGUUAUACUUAUUUUCAGAUAGAUGAUGAUGAUAGAAUUUUAUUGAAAGAUUUCUGUUUAUAACGUUUUCAA